AAGGAGUAAUUGUAUAUAUCAUCAACAUUCAAUACAACGUGUUUAUUUUUAAGAUGACAACCGAAUGGAGAACAAAGUCAACAACAAUGGCAGACUGUUUACGUCACAUAUUUGAUACGAAAGACCACGCUGACGUCACAUUUGAAUUUCCCAGAAGUGAAGGUCGCACAAUCAAAGCCCACAAGCUCGUUCUGAGCAUGCGCAGCGCGGUUUUCGAGACAAUGUUUUACGGAUCAAAGGCUGUUCAAAGCGACACUGUCGUUAUAGAAGACAUUGAAGCGGACACCUUUGAGCACAUGCUAAGGUUUUUGUAUACAGACGAGUUCGAUGUUCCUCCAGCCUAUGGUGUGAAAUGCCUUUUUGCCGCCAGACUAUAUUCAUUGGAAACAUUUGUUGUAAAAUGUGAACACUUUCUGAAGGAGUCUCUUUCCCCGGAAACCGUUUGUUUUGUGCUUGAAGAGGCCAAGUUGUUCAACCUAUCUGACCUACAUGACCUAUGUGACGCCUAUAUUCUCGACAAUGCUGACGUGGUGAUGGCAGUGUGAACUCUAGUGCAAGUGUAACGCUGCGAUGUCAAUUCGGACCCUAGUGCAAGUGUGAAAAGGUGAUUUAAGUGUGUGUGUGUGUGU